UCCAGUAUUUUUGUUGUAGCUUUGGCGCUAGAAGCAAAAGUUAAUGCAACUUUUGGAUGUAGUCCGCCAUAAAGCCCUCAGAAGAAGAAGAAGAAGAAGAAGAAGAAGAAGAAGAAACAGAAGAAGAAACAGAAACAGAAACAACGAGAGUUGAAGUAAACUUCAGAGCUAGAUGGUUAGCUGGCUGUCGAGCUACCUGCAGCUUGAUUACACAGGUGCUAACUUUAGGAGCUUGGAAUGUGAGUGGGGCUGGGAAAAUGGCUUCUAGUUCCAGAUCAUCUCUUCCAGAGGAAGAUUUCACCUGUCCUGUGUGCUGUGACAUCUUCAAUAAUCCCGUCCUCCUACCAUGUAGCCACAGCUACUGUAAAGUCUGUCUGCAGCAAUGCUGGGUGUCGAAGGGGUUUCGGGAAUGCCCCGUUUGCAGGAAGACAUUUUCAAUGGGUAACCUGUCUCUAAAGAACCUGUGUGUGAGGCCUACCUUGAGGAGAGAGCUUCAGCAGAGUCUGAGUCUAAAGUGCCCUGCAGUCUGCAUGUUGAGAAAUUCAAGCUCUACUGUCUGGAGGAUAAGCAGCCCAUCUGUUUAGUGUGUCAAUCAUCUAGAAAACACAAGAGUCAUGACUACUGCCAUAUAGACGAAGCUGUACAGGACCUCAAGGACAAGGGUGAACUCGAGAGAACACUGAAACCCUUACAGGAGAAGCUGAAGGUGUUCAAAAAGCUACAGAAAUCUGUACUUCCACAAUGCAUCACAUUCAGAGACAAUUCCAAGACACAGACAUGGAGAUCAAGUAUGAAUUCGAGGAGUUUCAGCAGUUUCUUAGAGAAGGCCAGGAUUGACAUACUGAGGGAAGAAGAGUUUGAGAAGACUUCAGCAAUGGUGAAUAGGAUUGACCAGUUGAGACAAGAUGUCAUCACUUGUAAACACAAUUGAAGCUAUAGAGGAUGAGCUAUGAGCUGAAGACACCUCAUUCCUUCAGAACUACAAGACUAUCAUGGAAAGAUCCAGAUACACAGCUGGUCUCAGGAGCACUGAUUGACAUAGACAAACAUCUGGGCAACCUGCAGUUCAAAGCUUGGGAGAAGAUGCAGAGGAAUGAGAUUGUCACUUACACUCCUGUGAUUCUGGACCCCAACACUGCCCAACCACAAAUGGUCCUGUCUGAUGAUCUUACCAUUGGCACAUACUUUGAACACAGCAUGCAGCUUCCUGACAACCCAGAGAGGUUUGAUAAAUGGCCCUCGGUCCUGGGCUCUGAGGGCUUUGACUCAGGCUUACACACUUGGGACGUUGGGGUUGGGGAAAAUGAAGAGUGGAUGGUGGGUGUGCAAUCAGUCUGCUCUGAGGAAGGGAGAAAUAAAGACUAGAGACCAGUCCUGGGGUUUAACAUACUUGUAUGGUACAUAUAAAGCUUUUUCCACACCAAAUGACAAAAUUCUUCUCACUGUAGACUAUACCAGGACAAUCAGAGUGCGGCUGGACUGGGACAAAGGAACACUGUCAUUCUCUAACCCUGAUAAUGCCACACAUAUACACACGUUCACGCACACUUUUACUGAAAGAGUCUUUCAACAUCUUGGUAAUGACAGCAAAUGCCCUCUGACAAUCUUACCAGGGGAGGUCCCUUUAGUGAUAUCACCUGUCAAGUGUAAAGCUGAUCCAGACUCUGACAAUGAAGAAGAAUGCUUCUUUGUCUGUCAUUUUCAGAUCACGAAAACUGGUGUCUUUUUAUGCUUUUCAGUGGAACUGCAGUCAGAACCAGCUGAUACCUCUGGUCUGUAACAGUGGCAUUUGUUGUAAACAAAAUGCUCUGUUCAUUUUGUAUUUUAGUUUAUGUUUCAUGUUGAUAUGUAACGAAGGUAUAUUUUCAUUGUGCCAUUUUAGUUUUUUUUGUCUUGAGAGAAGAUAAUAUUUAAUGUAAAGGUUAAUGAGUCCAUUAAGACAUGAUUCAAACAAUUCAUUUUUAACCGGACACAAGUCACUCUCCUUAUAAUAAUAAUAAUAAUAAUACGUCUCUUCA